AUGAAUGAUCUUAAUAUUGCAACUAAAAGAGAAUGAAUUAUCACACAAUAUAAGCAUAAGCAGCGGCUAAAAGAAAUCAAAAGCAACCCAUCAAAAAGUGUGGGAUCUUCAUCUUCACCUCAACAGAUUUUGCAUCGCAAAAAAAAGAAAAGAUGUUCUCCAAGUAAUUUAAGCUUUUGCUCAAGCCAUCAGACAGAAAAUUAUAAGCUACUAAACCAAUUAAUCGAAAUUACAUCAUUCAACAAAGUAACCAACAAUUAGCAAAGUGCAAAACAAGAGCAUCAUUCUGCAAGAUCUCACUCUAUAAGGAUGCCUGCUAUGGAAAGAGAACAAAGGAGGAUAAAGGACGAAAAUUUAAAGUUGGCUCAAAGAUUGAUUGGAAUCAGGCCGUAUUUUUCAAUAUCAGAGUGGGAAAAAGCGUUUAAGGAAUCAAGAAAAUAUCGAAAAAUUUUGAAUAAAGAUAAUGUGCUGUUAAAUGGAAAAAUUUCUCAUGAAAGGGUUAGAAGCGUGUCAAGAGGAGAAAAUAGGUCAAUUUUUGAGAAUAGUGAAAACUCAAGAUGUAUUACAGCUUUACCACAGUCAAGGGCUAAUGAGGUUCAAAAACGAUUCAAUUAA